GAGAGGUGGCCUCCCUGGACAAUGUGGAGGAUACGGCCCCAGCUUACUUGCUCGCCACCACUGAUGGAGUGCUGGCUGCCGUGAACAACCGCUUGGACUUUUGGCACGUGGACUGGUCUGAGCCGCUGGUGGGCGAGUGCCUCAAUGGGAGCUUCAGCCUGAAAUAUGGAGAUCUGCC